GUCAUCUAUGAAUGCUUGUUAAUAUUGUUAUGCCUUGACAGUACUGAGAUCUUAAAUUAAAUUACAUUUUAGAUGUAAAGAGUCAAAUCAUAUAAACUAAACAUUUUAUAGUUAAUCAAAAGUAAUGAAACUAAAAUUAACUCCACUUUCCCACUGGGCCUCCUUCAAAGUGCCUGUGUACAGAGGGCCGAUAAACACCUAUGUGAUAUGUAACUCUAGCUCUUUCUUAGGAUAAAUUUCCUGUAUUUACUGGCUCUUUUUCAGCUAGAUAAACACCGUCAAAUAUACACAUGACACAUUUAUCUUUCUUCAAAAUUUAAUUAUUUUGCACAUUUAAGACAAAUGGUUUUAUUUCUGUUAUACAAAAACACAAGUUUGGUUGUCCGUCAAAGUAAUCGAAGCUCCCUGGGAUUUCCAAUGAAAGCCAUCCUUUGAAAUGCCUAAGAUGAGAACAUUGAUGUGAUGCAAAAUGACUAAAAAUAGAAACCACUGAUAUUUAAAAGGCUUGCAAAACAGUCUGAGUCUCUAUACAGCACACAGAGUUUAGCAUUAUUAAGAGUCUGUUUCUUUAGAGAGGGGCACAAAUUACUGAUUCAAUGAAUUGCAUUAGUCGUGGUGGUUGCUACCUGGUGAACUCCUUAUGUGAUGUUCAAGAGGAAAACCACUUGACAAAGGAGCGCUACCAGGCUUCUUGGAUAAGUCUGGUGAUAGAAACCAGACCACAAUACAGGCAAACCCUGUCAGACAAAAACUGUAUUGGCAAAGAGAGUUAUGAGCAGCAACAGGUGGUCCACUUUAUUGUUGAGAGGAAUCUCAACCAGACACUGAAGCUGAGGAGCAGAGACAGAGACAUGACAGAGCACCAGUUACCAAUUCUCCAGAAAAUCAGAGGUCGUGUCAAAGAAGAAAACACCGGUGAAUUCUCAAAACAAAAGAGAGAAAUAGAGAGGACUGGAGAAGACCACAGUAAACCUGUUCAAACCAACUUCAAGGCUGUCAGCUUGAUGCCUUUACCUCGGGAAAUGUCUUUGGGAUAGAGGAGAGAGUAACUUUAUUGUUCACAUGCAAAUAAUCUGGGGAAAAAAAGUUACACUCUUGAGUAAAUUAUGAUGUUGUGGUAUUAUUUUUAAUUAACUUUUAUGAACCUCAACCAUGUCACAAAAUAAAAUAUUUGCUUCUAAUA